CCAACUUGCAGCGCCCACCCGGCCACCCCUACUUCCCGGAUUUGCUGCGCCGCUCGCUCGCUCCCGCGCCUCCGACCGUCCGAAGUGACUUCGCCGCCCGUCCGCCCAUCGGACCGACUCUCGUCGCUGCGUCUGUCAUUCAUCGCCUCUGCGUCUCUUCUUCAGAAAUGGUAGAACAAGGUAAUAUAACGAGUUUAACUUCUGCAUUAUGGGAGCACUAUUCUUCGGAGUCCAUUAGAGGUCAAGGUAAGAGUGAUAUUGCCAAAGGAGUUGAUAAAUGUAACGAUGAUUGGAAUGAGCCAAGAAUGUGCAAGAAACUUGCUAGUCUCAAUUUGGCGAAUAUCAAUGAAAUCAAAGAACCUUCAGCAGAAACGAAGCCUCCAAGUGCAGAUUCAGUUCAUUCAAUUCUUCAAAGUUCAAGUGGAAUAAUGUCUCGAGAAUCUUUGCGUCGGCUCAUUGAAUCCCGCAUUUCUGCUUUAAAUCGAAUUCUUCAGCUAUCAAAUACCUUGGAUGUACUCCGUGCUAGAGUAAGUGUGUGGUACCAAUACAAUUAAAUUCCUCACAUUCUUCUCUUUAAAAAAUUAUUUGGCUUCGUUUGGUACACGGAAUUCAAGCCAUAAAAUUGGAAUCGGGGA